AUGUCCACAUCCACCCAAACACGCCGGCAUAGCCGCGACAUGCCGCUGCCCACCUUCGAAUCCUACGACCUAGCCAGGCCCACACGAUCCAACGCUGCUUCCAUCCACCAGCACGACGACCUCUUCCACACGCUCUUCCCGCAGCCUCCACCACGCUCGCGCGCACAGGCAGAACGUCUCGCUCGCCCCUCCCUCCCUUCGCUCAAGGCAGCCUCACACGCAUCCGCACAGGCACAGGCAGACUCGGCCGACUCGUCCCGCUCCACCGCGCAGCUCUUCACAUCCUCCAACUCGAUCGAGUCGCUCAACUCCCUCUCCUCCUAUCCAUCCUCCUCCUCCUCCUUGUCUCUGCUUCAAACCGUCCUCCCCGACAAGCACACCUCCGCAGACAGCUCCAUCGACCACUACAGUCCAGCCGUCAGCGACGUAAACAGCGCAGAAACCGAUCACAGCGUCUCCAGCUCUCACGCACACUCGCAUUCCUCCGAGAUCGACGCAAACGACCGACACGACCCACUCACCCCGAUCACGCCCAACGGCAACACACACGCCUGGAGACCAAAGGAGCUCAACCUCGUUCGCAAACGUCAAGCUCCCGCACACCCAGAGCCCUCCAUCCCCGUCUACAACUCCACCCCGUCCUGGAACGCCCCUCCCAUCAGCGCAGAUCGCAAUGCCCUCCUCGUCGGUCUCGGCCUCGGCGGCGUCGCCCUCAACCCAGCUCCACCCGCCACCGCUCCCGCCCUCGUCAACAACCUGCCCGCCGACAAGCUCGGACAGCCCCACCAGCGCAGAGCCUACCUCCGCUCAAAGUCCCCUCAGCUCGUCAGCACCGCCACCAUGCCACGAGACACGCUGCCCCAGGGUCCCAAGCAGCUUCUCCUCGUCUCAUCAGGUGGACCACCAGCAGUGCGAAGAUUCGGAGGUCGCAGACCGAGCGAGGGCUUGCUCGAAGCCUUCACCUCGCCCCAGCCCACUCCCGCAUCCGAGCAGUCGUCGCGUUGCACCACGCCCCAGAUGCGAUCGCCCCUGCCCGUCAUGCCAAGCGGUCCUGCUUUCGACCCGUCCACCCUCCAGUCUCCCGACCCCGCCUCGCUUGCACCACCACAACGCCAAACGCCCCUCUCGGCAGAGGAAUUCAUCGCUCAGAUCGCCUCCACCCCACAGUACCAAGCCAGCUCCUUCCUAGAGCCAACCGCAUCGGCUUCAACCACUCCCACUCCCCGAGGUCCGCUCCACCAGCUCCAGCCAGCAGCAUACGCGGAAACCUCCUAUCAACCACCUCCGCUCAGCGCCAGAUCCGACAUGGCCGUCGAUCACAGCGACGAAUACGACGCAGCGGCCCCCGGCCCGUCCUCGGCGCCAGCCGGCCCAUCGACCGCCACCUCCUUCCUCCCAACUCGUGCACCUGGCUUUUCUUCCGGUCAGCGAUCGCGAGCCGCUUCCCUCAGCCGCAGAAAGGCCGCUCCGACGCCUCUUGUCCUCACUUCCUCGCCAACCACCAGCAACUCGGACACGCUCCCGGGCUCCGCCGAUGCGCGUCGCAGGCGCUCCCCCGCUGCCGCUGCCAACCAAAAGUCGCCGCUUUCUGCAUCGCAUUCCCGAUCGCCUGGUCGGGCACCAGCAUGGCACGAAUCCGCCCCCGCGCCCGAUGCGCCCAAAUCCGCUUCCGACUAUUCCGAACCGCUCCGCACCGCUUUCUACGAUUUUGACUCCGAAGAAGAGUCCGACCAAGAUCAGAGCGCUGCCAAGGCUAGCAGCCAGUCCCACGGCGAUGCGAUAGCACCCAGCGAGCCCUCAGAGCCCGCCGCUGAGACUGCCACACCCAACACCGCCUCGGCUCAAACCACUGUUUUCGAUCGCAUCCUGCGCCAGUCUCCACCCAGCCGCCUCUCGGCGCACAGCAGUGUCGCAGACUCCUUGGAUCUCGCAGGCCAGACUCGUCACAGCUCCGGCUCGGACUCGGCUGCGGCGUUCGAGUACGAGGACCUCGAGACGAGCUCCUCUGCCGAAGGCCUCAGCCUCCAGACCAUGCUCGGCUUCUUGCACCACCCCCCCACCAGAAAGUCGUCCUUGGCUUCACCAGCAGGAGCCGGUACGGCAAUGACAGUCUCCGACUCGCUGUCGAGCCUCGAAUCCCAAGUCGAUCCGGCGGCGCGUGCUCCGUCGCAUUCCCAAGCCACACCACCCGCUUCGGCCGCUCCCUCGGUGCCCAAGUUCAACAUCGCCAUCUUCGGACCCAACCAGCCAGCAGAGCAAGCUCCUCUCGCAGACGCCGUGGAUCCCAGGCAGCAGGUCGAAGCUGGCAGCGCAGUGCGAUCGCGCAAGCAGAGCAUCGUGCCCGCGCCGCCGUCCUUUGCCAUCCGCGACAACACGCGCGACGACUCGGCCGCUCAAUCACCGCCGCUCGUCCCGUCCGUCUCGGACAGCCUCGAGGUCCACCCGGCUUUGGUCAUGGCGCACACCAGCGAGGUGCCAGUGGGCGAGAGCAGGUGGAGCUCCGCCUCGGAAUCCGACGGCGAGUCGGCCGUCUCCACAAAGGGCGCGCGCAAGUCCUUCUCCAAGGGCAGAAAGAGCUUCUCCAACAGCCGCAAAAACAGCAUCGCCAUCGCACGCGACCUCAUCGCCGGACCCGUGGCUGCCAAGGAGCCGGCUCCCGAAGCAGGUAGGAGGCAGUCCAAACGCUCCAGCAAGUCGCGCCUUUCGCAGGGUGCCGCCGUCCAGGCCGCGCCUGUGCCGUCAAAGCCGUCGGCUGGAUCCGUGUCCAAGCGAUUGCUCCUCAAUGGCCUUCCGUCGCUCAGAAAGAAGAGCAUGUCCAAUCUCAGCGGUCAGUCGGCCUCGCCUUCGACCCCGGGCACCGCUCGCGAUCUCGCUUCUCCAGCGUCGGCAUUCGCAGAUCGAACCGAGUUCCCCUUCCCCCUGCCUCCGUCUCCGCAGGUAGUGUCCUCGCCGCCCGUCCCAGGCCUCACGACCAGGCCCUUUCAGGGCACAGAGUACACAACGCUUCCGGCUCAGAACGGCCCUUCCCCUGGGCCCUCGUUCUCGCCACACUUUGUCGCGGAACCACCGGCCACCCCGACGCUUGCGCAGCAUUCAAGCUUGUCCGACGGAUCGACCGCGCCCCUCACUACGCAGCAGAUCCUGGCGCAGGCGAGGAGCAACAUCUGGCCCGAGAACUACAUCGGCACCAGCGUCAGCGCCGCCGGCUUGUCUUCGCCGUACCUCUCGACCACCCACGACGCGUUCAGCUACGACUUUCGCCCGUCCAGGCUCGCGCCCACACCUCCGCAGUCGGCUCCAGCUUGGGCCACCCGUGAGCCCUCGUCGUCGGCCUCGUCUCCAGUGACGCCCGUGAUGCCAGCGACGAUCGACAAGAAGCUUCCCUCGACACCCGUCGAUCCAUCCUGGCCUACGGGCCGAUCUCGUUCCCGGCCUUCGCCUUCCGAGGACGCGCCGCUGCCGCCCAGGAAUCUAAGGCAUCUGCGUCAGUCGUCCUCAAACACGACUCUCGACAAGGCGCACGCCGACGUGCCGGCAGACGUCUUUCGACCCAACCAUUCCAGCGAAGCCAGCGUGAUCGGAUCCCAGCUAUCCCACACGCGUUCCGACAGCGAGCUCUCCACACCGCAUCACGCAUCUUUUGACGCCGAUGAGGAGCGCUUGCCGACAAUCGCCGAAACGAGCAUGGCUACCGAAGUGGGGCGCGCGGAGCUUUCAAUCGCCGCGGCCGACGUUGUCGAAUUCGAUGGUCCGCCUCGCCGCCUGAUCAGCCGUCAGCAGGCCAAGCUCCAAAAGGCUCGCCGCAUCCGCAGGCAGAAGGACCGCUUCCCGCGCUACAACUCCAUGUCGGACCUCGGCUUGCAGUGGAUGAGCGAGCGUGGCUCCGACGCCUACGACCUGCUGGCGGCAGAAGGGCUGCCCUCCUCGGCUGUGUUGGCUGCUGCUACCGGUUCGUCGGGUACAACGCCACGUGUGCUGGCGUCGGGAGGCGGAGGUGGCGACGAUGCCGGCGGGGGCUCGGACGACAGCGACACGGACGAUUACGGUUCGAGCGACGGCGGUGGAGGCAGAGGCUUCGGCGGCGGAUCGGGCGGCGGGGGCGGAAAGCGCCCUGGCUCUGGCCGUAACCCGGGUGAUGAUGACGAUGACGACAGCGAGGACGACGACGACGACUCCGACGAAGAGGAAGAGGCCGAGGCGCUGACCGAUGGCGAUUCGGAGGACGACUACGGCGCGGUAGAGCAGUCGGCCGCCACCCGUGGCGCGGGCAUGCCUGUGGUACCCACCCGCAAUGCAUCCAUGCCCGCCGUCCAAGCCGACGCCGAGGAGGCGGACUCGGACUCUUCCGAUGACAAGCCUCUCGGCACGCUCGUCGACGACCCCAAGGCGCUGCAAAAGGCGCUGCGAGCACAGGAGCGCAGACGACACUUUGCGCUCGCACAGCAAGCGCUCGAAGGCAAGUCGACUAAUACGAGUGCCACGCCUUCGACGCAUGGCCACGCUCGCCACGCCCCGCCCGCACAGGCGAGAGGUCAGACGGGUGAUGCCGUGGUGAACCCCAAAGACCUCGCACAGAAGCUGGCGCAGGUGCAAGCACGGCGCGAUAUCGCGCAUCCGCCCAACGCCGCCAUCAUGCAGCGCGCCCAGACGGUCGCACGCCAUGACGCGGGACGAGGUGCGGACCGACAGCAGGUCGCGGAUGUCGCUUCGGUGUCGCGCUCCAAAUCGGUGCGUACCACGCCGCGCGAGCGCAACGUGCAUCCUGGUCUCAAGGCCAGGACUCCCUCGGAAGCCGCGCUGCGUGCCAGAGCGGCGGUGCAAGCGAUGCCGCUCACUUCUUCCGCUGUCAGCCCGACGAUCCCGGCCAUGUCAAAGAUGCCGGAUCUGCCGUCCAACGCAAUGGCCACCGUCGUGGCGGCUCAGAAGGCCAUGGCGCACGCUCAGGCGAAUCCGUCACCCGCGGCAUUGGCACAGGCACAGGCGCUCGCGUCCUCGGCCACGGCGGCGCUCAAUGCGGCCACGGCACAGGUGAAGCGCGGCACCACGUCGCCCAUCUCGCCUUCUUUCAACCAGGGCGAGCCUGUGGGUCAUACGCCGACGUCGCCGCGCUUGCCCGAGGUGCCGGAGAUGGCCAACCCGCGUCAGCGCGUCGACUUGCGAGCCCAUGCGGCGCCUACUACUUCGGCCGGCGGGCUGGGCAUCGUUCCGGCUGCCGCUACGCCGGUGCAUCAUCCCAGCAUGCUGCAGCGCUUGCGUUCGCGCUCGGUGUCGCGCAAUCAGGCUGCACUCACGAUCAACACGGCCGCUGCCCCGCCCAUGCCCGAGCUCGCAAGGCCAGGCACCGGGUCCAAAGACUCGCAGGCUUCGGGCUCGCCGCACAGCGCGCAAGCUGCAACUUUCGCGGCGCUGUCGCAGGCGGCGAUGCAGCACGGGCGUCCGCCCGCCGAGGCUGUAACUGGCAGCGUCGACUCGCAUGCGGCGCAGAUGCAGCGGGGUGCGUCGAGCAUGACGAGCAACGUGGCGACGUCUCACGACAAUGCGGUUGCGCCACCGCUCGCCACGGCUGAGAUGCGCCAGCCGCACAAGGUGUACAUCCUGUCGCGACAGCGGUUUGCGGUGGUGGAGGUGCCCGUGUCGGCGCGUGCGCGCGAUCUGGCGCUCGAGGUGAUCGAGCGCGAGAGGCUGCCCAUGGACGACAGCAAGGGCGGCUGGGUGGUGUUUGACUGUUCGGCGCAGCUGGGCAUCGAGCGUCCGUUGCGCGAGUACGAGAUGAUCACCGACGUGGUUAAUGUGCGCGCGCAUCCGCAGACCGACUUUUUCCUCAUCAAGCGCACCGAGCUGUCGCCGUACCUCUCGAUUCGCGCGGUCCCGGCGAGCUCGCCUGCGCUGGCAGGGUACGUGUACGUGCAGGACCGCAAGAAGAAGUGGAACAAGCGCUGGCUCGAGCUGCGCGACCAUGCGCUCUACCACGCCAAGAACGAAAAGGGCAAGGACGAGACGUCCAUCUGCCAGAUCUCGACUUUCGACAUUUACCUCGUGGACGGCUCGGCGGUCAAGAUGCCCAAGGCGAAUGGGUUUGCGCUGCGAUCGCAGGAUCCGAUCACCAUGUUUGAGAAACCGGACCAGGACUACAUCCACUACUUUUGCCUGACCGAUCCUGCGGCGCAUCGAGAUUGGGUGCGCGCCAUCCUCAAUGCGCGCACGUAUAUCCUGCGGCAGGAGAAGGCGGUGCUGUUUCACGUUGAUUCGCCCGGCGUUGGGCAGGAGGCCGGAUUCGCAGGUGCGAUGGCGAGCGGAGGAUUGUCGCGCAAGAACACGGCACGUCGUCCGAACGGUCGCGCAGCGGGAGAGGCAGCGCCGCCAAGUGGCGUGGCUAGCGCUCCAUCGCCGCUGAUCGACAGCAGCGCUUUCGCCGGCCCAUUCGCCAAGGGAAGCCUGUUGGCAGACAAGGCGAUCAACGACGCCAAGGAGGCACUUCGUGGUCACCCCGCUACCGCACCGCCUACAGCAGCGAUGCACGAUUUGGGGCUAAUGGACCGCAACGCGCUGCGCGCUAACGAAGCGCGCCGCAGAGAAGACGCGAUCGAGCGCCAGCGCCGCAUGAAGGCGGACGGGCAGCCGCUCAUCGAUCUUGUACGCAAGUAG